UCUUCACAACCAGGAAUGUCUAUGUCUGGUGUAUUGUCUGCACAGUGUUCAACACAGAUACGGCUUCUUCAGAGAACUUCUGGUCAUAGAGAUCCCUGCCGCUUGUUUGACUCCAGAAUCGACAGUCUGAUUACAGAGGCUUUCACAUGUAUUAUUUCACCGUACUUCAUAGACAAUCCUGUGAAGCGGAUAGGUAGCUCAGAAGAUAAGAUAACAGUCUACUUCAAGAACCGUGAUGGUGAAACUCUAAAGACCACGGGCAAAGUCGGUGACUCUCUGCUAGAUGUUGUGAUUGAAAAUAAUCUGGAUAUUGAUGGUUUUGGUGCUUGCGAGGGAACGUUGGCCUGCUCUACCUGUCACCUCAUCUUUGAGGAUCAUAUCUAUGAGAAGUUAGAUGCCAUCACCGAUGAGGAGAAUGACAUGCUUGACCUGGCUUAUGGACUCACAGCCAGGUCACGGUUGGGCUGCCAAGUCUGUCUGACCAAGGCUAUGGACAACAUGACUGUGAGUGUGCCUGAGGCAGUGGCGGAUGUCAGGCAGUCUGUGGACAUGAGCAAGAAUUCCUAAAACACAAUAAAAAGAAAUAUUUUCAUGAAAAUUUACCUAUUUUUAUAAUUAUUUCUCAGUAUAAUUAAGUGAUUACACAACAGAAUGUAUUUCUCAGUAUGAGUAGCUCUGCUGUCUUAAUUCAGUUUGUAGUCCUGAAAGUCAGCAGUUUUUGUUUUGAUUAAAUUAUUAAAAUGUCAGUUUAAUUUUAGAAGAGAGUUGAUAUAAUAAACUCCUUACACAUUUUA